CCAUGUGGAGGUUUAUUCUCCGCAGCCACCUUUCGGGUCUGGGCUGGACUCCGCGGCCUUUGCUGCACCGCACUUUGUCCAGGCUAAUAGCCAGGGUCGCCCUGCUACGGAGGCAGGGAGGCCGUGAUCUGCCAGCAGCCAUGCUGUUGAGUGCGCAGGUGGAGGGUGCCUGCCCACCUGCCAGCAGGACCAGGUUCUCUGCCUGACUCCAAGGGGGUCUGGUCCCUGGCUGCCCUGUCCCUGACUCCUCUGACCCUGACCCCUCUGGUCCCUGGUCUCUAUGACCUCUGCCGGCCCUGGGCCUUCACUGGGCUGUGUCCAUAGUGCUGAGUGCACCUUCCUCUCUGACAGGUGUAAGGAAGCUGUGGCCAGAUCUGCUUGUGUGGGCCCUUCUUGGAGCCUCUCUGCCCCAUCCCCGGGGGACAGUCACCUGCCCAUGUCCUCCUGGAACAUGCUCCAUGGAGCCCCGGCCAUGCACUCUCUCCUCAGGUGUCUGUAGGUGACAGUGAGCUGGCACUUGAGGACCCCCGGCCAUGCAGCUGACCCUGAGCCUUAGGGACCACUGCAGGUUGGAGAGGGAGCCCUGGGCCCACCCACCAAGUCGCCCCCACCUGGAGACUGGGCUGCCCAGGCACGUAGGCAUCUGACCAUGCCGUCCACCUCGGUGUCCUUGCCCCCCGUGGAGGGGCCGCCCCAGCCCGGAGGCACCAUGCUCAAGGGGCAGCUGCCACCUAGAGACAAAGCCCGUGCCCCCAUUGGGGGCCCUGAGAGGAGCCUAGAGCUCCCAACUAAGGACACACAGGUGGUGGCCCAGGCCCUCACCCCAAUACCGCCCGCCAGACCCAGGCUGGAGCGCGCCCUAUCCCUGGAUGAGAAGGGCUGGAGGCGCCGCCGCUCCCAAGCCAGCCAGGAGGGCCUGGAGCAGGACCAGGGGCCCCUCAGGAGUGGCCCCAAGGCCCCCGCCCGCAGCAGCUCACCGCCCUGCCUGAGCACGUCUUUGCAAGAGAUCCCCAAGUCGCACCGGGCCCCAGGCAGCCCUUCCUCGUGGGGCAACUGCCUGUCGGGCAUGGCCAGCACGUCCCUGGACCUGUUGCACAGAGAGCCUGCUGUGGCGGUGAGCACCCCCAGGCUGGCCAGCAUGCUGCCCCCCCGCCCGCUGCCUGCUGUGGCCCUGAGCAUGUCCGCAGACUCUCUGAGGACAGCCAGCACGGGAGGCCCCGACCACGAGGAUUUCCGACGUCGGGUGCAGAAGAAGCUGGUCCGAGCCCACAGCAGCCUGGGCCCCAGCUGGCCGCGCAGCCCCCUGGCCUGCGACAGCUGCUCCCUGCAUUCAGCAAGGUCCACCUUCAGUCUCCUGGCGCCCAUCCGUGCCAAGGAUGUGCGCAGCAGAAGUUACCUGGAGGGCAGCCUGCUGGCCAGCGGGGCCCUGCUGGGGGCAGAGGAGCUGGCGCGUUACUUCCCAGACCGCAGCGCGGCCAUCUUCGUUGCCACCUGGAACAUGCAAGGCCAGAAGGAGCUCCCUGGGAACCUGGACGAGCUGCUGCUGCCCGCCGGGGCCGACCUUGCCCAGGACAUGUACAUCAUCGGCGUCCAGGAAGGCUGCUCCGACAGGCGGGAGUGGGAGGCCUGCCUGCAGGAGACCCUGGGCCCCCACUACGUGCUGCUCCACUCGGCAGCCCACGGCGUGCUCUACCUGUCUGUCUUCCUCCGCAGGGACCUCAUCUGGUUCUGCUCAGAGGUGGAGAGCGCCACGGUGACCACCCGCAUCGUGUCCCACAUCAAGACCAAGGGCGCCCUGGGCGCCAGCUUCACCUUCUUCGGCACCUCCUUCCUCUUCAUCACGUCCCACUUCACCUCUGGAGAAGGGAAGGUGGCGGAGCGGCUCCAGGACUACUCUCGGACCAUCCAGACCCUGGCCCUGCCCAAGAGCGUGCCAGACACCAACCCCUACCGUUCCAGCCCCGUGGACGUCACCACCCGCUUCGAUGAGGUCUUCUGGUUCGGGGACUUCAACUUCCGGCUGAGCAGCGGGCGGGCGGCCGUGGAGGCGCUGCUGGGCCAGAAGCCAGAGGUGGACACGUCAGCCCUGCUGGAGCACGACCAGCUCUCCAGGGAGAUGCGGCGAGGAGCCGUCUUUAAGGGCUUUCAGGAGCCUGCCAUCCACUUCCUGCCCUCGUACAAGUUGGACGUGGGCAAGGACACCUACGACAGCAGCUCCAAGCAAAGGACGCCCUCCUACACGGACCGGGUGGUGUACCGCAGCCGGCACAAGGAUGACAUCUGCCCGGUCAGGUACUCGGCCUGCACCAGCAUCAGGACGUCUGACCACCGCCCCGUGUAUGGCCUGUUCCGUGUCAGAGUGCGGCCCGGCAGGGACAACAUCCCACUGGCCGCCGGCAGGUUCGACCGAGACCUGUACCUCCUGGGCAUCCGGAGGCGCAUCUCCAAGGAGACGCAGAGGCAGCAGCCGUUGAAGAACCAGAGCUCCAGUGCCGUCUGCACCAUUUCCUGAGCUGGGGGCGGGGCUCACUGAGCCCUCCUGUGGGUGCCUCAUCCUGCCGAUGCCAUGGGGCGGCUGACUCGUCCAGCGGGUGCCCAAGCCCUGCGGAAGCACUGACGCCAUGGGGCCCUGCUGAGCCCUCCCUGGAUGCCCUCUUCUCCAGCCCAGCAGGGCUAUCAUGGUGUGUCUCCAAGAGGUGGUCUCACGAGCAGGCCCCUGAAGCCUCUACGUGCAUGUGUGGCAGUGCCCCAAUCAUAACAAGCUUUGAGGCAGUCAUGGCAGCUGCAGCCGAGGGGACCUGCAGCCCCCAGCAGACCCACGUCCAGUGCAGGACUGCAGGGCACCUGGGGGGGCGGCAGGCAUAACCUCAGGACUCCCCAGGCUUGGAACCCACCUGAGCAGAGCAGGCAUCACAGGCGAGGCAGCCACCCUCCUGGGGCCUGGCUAGGCUCCCACUGGGGUAGCCCUCGGGCCCGUGGGAGGUAGGAGCUUGUGUUGGUGCCUGGGACCCUGCGGAGGCACUCCCAUGCUGUCCCGAGCCGCCGUGCAGCUUGGCCUGGCGCUCCUAACAGCCGCCCAGCCCCUCCCGAAACCAGCCUUGAUGGCUAAAACCUGGGUGUCCAACAUAAGUCUCUCAAGGUAUUUAUUUUUCCAUAUUUAUAUUUUUAAAUAAAGGCAUCUAUUGAACCUGAA